GUAUAUGUAUAAUUCUGAAUGUUUCUGAGCUGUAUAAAUUAUAAAAUCUAUAUUAGAAUAAUUUCCUCUUUUCUAAUAGAAGGAAAAUAUAAUCAAUAUUUCGAUUUUUACUGAGAUGUAGAAACGUUAUAAUGAACCAUCUCCUGUCUUGCUCGAUAAUUCUAGUCUUGAAUGUGGCAAUGGUUUUAGGUGACAAAGAUAAGUGUAAACCCUCAGAUCAAAGCCAGUCUGCAACUUGUUGUUCUGGUUACAUAAAAAUUGAAAAUAGAUGUACUAAAUGUGUUGGAUUCUACGGAAAAAAUUGUUCUGAAGAGUGUCCAGAUGGAUUUUAUGGAGCAUCAUGUAGAGAAAAAUGUAAUUGUAAAGAAACAGAAAGGUGCGAUCCGUACGCAGGAUGUGUUGACAUUAAUGUCAAAUGUACAUGGAAUGGUGAAAGAAGAAAUAUUACACAAGAAUGUAAAUUUGUUUUUCAUGCAGUUAUUGGGAUCAUUGCCUUUCAGCUCUUAAUACUGAUCUUCGUUUUACUUCUUUUUAUAUACAGACAUCGAAGACAAGGAAAGUAUGAGGUCCAUAAUAUCAUGGCCAAGUCGGCAGAUUCAACCAAUAAGAUACAGGAACUGCAACUGAUUCGCUAUGAAGAAUUUGAGGACAAUGUCAAUUAUAUUCCAAAAAGUAUAAAAGAGAUAACAUAUCAUAAGGUACAUCAUAACCAAGCUACUAAUGGCUACAGCCGGGUGUAUUUUCCUAAAUUCAAAACCGUGGACACUCCAGCCGACCAGUACAGCAGAACUGUUAUCAAUAAACAACAUACUUAUGAACAGAGAAGUAAUAUUGCGUGUUCCCCAGGACAGGAAAAAGUCCAUAUGAGGAGAGAGGUACGACUCUCAUCCAUAGAUCAAAAUAAUUUAAGAGGACCAAGACCUUAUAGUUUUGCAAGAAUGACUUGGAAUCUCUGAUGAUUGGUUUUUUACCAUGAAUUCUUCAUGAAUAUAUAGCAAGGACAGAAUUUAUACUUUGAA